AUGCCCAAGGCCGCACCGAAACCACUAGUUAACCCAGUAGUGGACGCCGCAGCUCCCUACCCGCACGCCGCCGAGUUCACCGCGGUGGCAACCGCGCCCAAGACAAAAACCAAAACUGCCAGGCCAGCUGCUGAUGAUUCUUCGUCCACAGAGGACCCUCUCAUCUUCCUGACGGCGGUGCAGCUGCCCGGCGAGGAAGAAGACGAGGUGCCCAUCUAUGACUCGUGCGACGAAAUCCGGAGGAAGAUAAGGGCCUUCUUUCGCGAUCCAAAGUACGCAAAGGUCACCCAGAAGAGAUUUAGAGAGGAGAUUGGAAACGUGAACUCGAACAGUUAUCGGAGGUUCAUGGAGAAGAAGGGCGAAGGGUCCGGGGCGGAGAAUGGAACCUUUACGGGAGCGUAUAUCUUUUUCGAGAAGAAGAGGAUUUAUGAGAACAAGCCGAAGGGGAAGAAAAGAAUCGAGAGUGAGCAGGACUAUCCCCUCGGCCGUCCUCUGGAGGACGAUAACCGUGGACGGAAGUGGAUCUGCUCGGCCGAGCUGGGGCCGCCCACAAAAAAGGAAGCCAGAAUGGCUAUUGCCAGGAGAAUGUAG